GCGGCAAGAAGCGCCAUCAAAAUACAUUCACGCCAAGCGUCACUGCUUUGACCAUUCGUCGCUGAAAGGAACGCUGCGUUGAAAGGAAAGCGCAAAAAACAACCCCGAAAAAGUAUCAUCCGGCCGCAACGUUCCACAAACUUGCCGAGAACGCAACUUGCAGCAGAAUCUCUCCAUCUAGGUCAAGCGAAUAGCGAAUAAAAAAGACACCAUGGGCCGCACCAAGGAACCGAAAAACACGAACGGAAACAGUGGCAACGAUAGUGAUACCGAGGAAGAGUACGUGGUGGAGAAGAUCGUGGACCGGCGGGAGCGCAAGGGCAAGGUAGAAUAUCUGCUCAAAUGGAAGGGGUACGACUCGGGCAGCAAUUCCUGGGAACCGCGCGAAAACCUCGACUGUCCCGAGCUGAUCAAAGCGUUCGAGCAGUCGCGCACGGAUGCGGCGAAAAAGGAUGGUGCGGCCGCCGGCAAGAAGCGGACGACAACAAAGAAGAAGCGAACGGGCGGCGAAUCGGAGAACGACAAUGACGGCUCGGACGAUGAGGGACGCGACGACAACGCGUCUACCAAGUCGAACAAAUCCAAAAGCAACGAUGACGGCGGCGAUCCCAAGCAGGCGGAUGGGGAAGCGGUCGAGGAGCUGAAUGGCUUCGAGAAGGGCUAUGUACCGGAGAAGAUUCUCGGCGCCACCGAGGGAGACAACGAGCUGCUCUUCCUGAUCCAGUGGAAGGACAAGGACAAGGCGCAGCUGGUGAAAUCGAAGGAGGCGCGCAAGCACUGUCCCCAGCUCGUGAUAGACUUCUACGAGGAGCGCCUCAUCUGGCAGACGGUCGAUCAGUCGCAGGUAGAUUAAGUGCGAACGAGCGGCGCGGGAGAGGGAGCAGUAGACGACGGGCCCAGGGAACGGAUGCGGGAGCGAAUCCCGUGUGCGACGCUAGACGGUUUACUUUUAAUGACCUUUGAGUUUAGAAUUAGAAUGAUGAUUUCGGUUAUCUUUCCGCAAGUUUGUGUGCCCCCCUUUAUUACUACUUUUCUCUAUCUCUCUCUCUCUCUCUCUUUCACUAGUUGCAUGUCGACUCCCCCCUUCACCCCUCUACCCCUCCUCAUCUCCUUUACUCGACAAUAUCUGAAUUUAACUAAUGGAAUAUUUGAAUAAAUGUAACAAAUAACUACGUUAACAAUA